UACGGUUACUCAAUCGUUUCACGUGCACACUCCCAUUUGUCACAUCAUUUCGCCCAUCUGGGCACUUUCUUCAUAUUCUGCAGGCGCCCAGUGGGCUACUUCGCUUCAUUGGUUUGCCUUUAAAACGGAAAGUAUUUUUUAAUGAGAUGUAAAUUAUCUUGCGGUUGACUUCGAUGUUUCGCGUUGCUACUUUUACAGACGUUUCUCCAAUUUUAUCUUAAUAUUUUAUCCCGCCGCAUCCUUCUGAAAGGUCGCGUGCGGGGCGCGCGACGGAUUAAAUGGAUUAAUUAUUCCACCUUAACCACAUUCCGCAGAGUUUUCGGGCAACUGUCGUAUAUUUUUGGCUUGUUUGAAGGUGUUUCUUUCAAAGGGUUUAAAAAUGAGCGAAAUAAUCACCGAAGAGGACAGUCAACAAGAAAACGGGGACCACAGCAGCGGCAAGGACUCGGACCGUCAGUAUCGCUUGAGACUGUGCGUUUUAAAUGAAAUAUUGAACACCGAAAGGGAUUACGUGAGAAACUUGGUAUUUCUGCAGUCGGCUUUUCUCCAGAGAAUUAAACAGACUGCAGAAAAUCAACAAUGUCUGACACCAGAGCAGGUCAAGAUAUUGUUUUCCAACAUCGAGUCCAUUUUGAAGGUUCAUUGUGAUUUUCUCUCCACUCUGGAUUCCAGUCUGCAGCCUGAACCUCAGGCACACCACUCUCUGGGACAUGUCUUCCUCAAGUUUAGGGAGCGUUUCUCUGUGUAUGGGGAAUACUGUAGUAACCACGAGAAAGCACUCAGACUACUGAUGGAGCUGAACAAGAUCCCCCACGUACGGACUUUCCUGCUGCACCUCAUGCUUUUGGGAGGUAAAAAGAGCACAGAUGUUCCUCUUGAGGGGUACCUCCUCUCUCCCAUCCAGAGAAUUUGUAAAUACCCUCUACUACUCAAGGAGCUUUUGAAGAGGACCCCUAAGAAGCAUCCAGAUUACCCUGCUGUAGAGGAGGCCCUGCAGGCCAUGAAAGCUGUUUGCUGCAACAUCAAUGAGACCAAGAGACAGAUGGAGAAACUUGAGGCUCUUGAAAUAUUACAGUCACACAUAGAGGGCUGGGAGGGGACAAACUUGACUGAUAUUUGCACAGAACUUCUGCUCCAAGGCAACCUUUUGAAGAUAUCAGCUGGAAACAUCCAGGAGCGAGUCUUCUUCCUUUUUGACAACCUCCUAGUCUACUGCAAGAGAAAGUCCCGUGCGUCAGGGAAGAAAUCCACCAAGAGAACGAAAUCCAUCAAUGGGCCACAGUUUGUGUUCAGAGGCCGCAUCAACACUGAGGUCAUGGAGGUUGAGAAUGUGGAAGAAGGAACUGCGGACUAUCACAGUAAUAACUACACAGUGACCAAUGGUUGGAAGAUUCACAACACGGCCAAAAACAAGUGGAUUGUGUGCAUGGCCAAGAACGCAGAGGACAAACAGAAAUGGCUGGAUGCGAUUUUAAAGGAACGUGAACAGCGAGAGAGUCUGAAGCUUGGUAUGGAGCGUGAUGCCUAUGUCAUGAUCGCGGAGAAGGGAGAGAAGCUCUACCAUAUGAUGAUGACCAAGAACCGCCACCUCAUCAAAGAUCGACGCAAGAAACUCACCAUCGUACCCAAGUGCUUCUUGGGAAAUGAGUUUGUCUCAUGGCUGCUGGAAAGUGGAGAGAUCAGUAAAACGGAGGAGGGAAUUAACCUGGGUCAGGCACUUCUGGAGAAUGGUAUCAUCCACCAUGUGUCAGAUAAACACCAGUUUAAGAACGAGCAGGUGUUGUAUCGCUUUCGUUACGAUGACGGCACAUAUAAAGCCAGGAGUGAGAUGGAAGACAUCAUAUCAAAGGGAGUGAGACUCUACUGUCGUCUCCACAGUCUCUUCACACCUGUUAUCAAAGACAGAGACCAUCACCUGAAAACCUUUAAAUCUGUCAUACCAGCUAGCAAACUGGUGGAGUGGCUUGUGUCUCAGGGUGAUUGCACAAGUCGUGAGGAUGCUGUCACUCUUGGCGUGGGACUCUGCAAUGCCGGUUUUAUGCACCACGUUCUGGAGAAAAGUGAAUUUAAGGAUGAGUCACAGUUUUUCCGUUUCUAUGCUGAUGAGGAGACUGAGGGCACUAGUUCCAAGAGUAAACAACUCCGUAGUGACUUCAAACUCAUCGAGAACAUCCUUGCCAAGUCCUUAGUGAUUCAUCCUGAUGAGGAGGACUAUGGGUUUCAGAUUGAAGAGAAAAACAAGGCCAUUAUAGUGAAGAGUGUGACCAGGGGCUCAUAUGCAGAGAUGGCAGGGCUACAGUCAGGUAGGAAGAUCUACUCUAUUAAUGAAGAUAUGGUGUUCCUGAGGCCCUUUUCUGAGGUGGAGACCAUGAUCAGCCAGUCCUUCUGUAUACGUCGCUCCCUCAGACUACUGGUUGCAACCAAGAACAAAGAGACUGUGAAGAUCCUAGAUGUUCAUGGCACUCUGCCGUUUGUUCUCUGUGGUUCCUGUCCACCUUACGUUCAUGCAGUAAAGAAAGGCUCAGAGGCUGCAGCAGCAGGUCUUCAGCCCGGUCAGUGUGUGCUCAAAGUCAACGGUAACAACAUGAACCAGAGCAGCUACCAGGAAGUUCUGGAGCACUUCAGUGGCCAUCAGCCUGUCCUGGAGCAGCAAGACUCGAGCUGUGGUCAGUGGACAUACCGCAUGUAUGAGAAUGUGGACGAGAAAGCAUCUAUCAGGUCCUGUGAGAACGGCUCUGAUUCAGAGGAUGGCUGUCCUAAUGGAACAGGCUCUGUUAGAAGACUGGAACUGUUGUCCAUCUCGGACGACGUUCCUUCAGUCAGUCUGAAUGUGGACAAUGUGAAUGUGGAACAUGGGGUUGUGUACGAGUAUGUCAGCACAGCAGGGAUCAAACACUGUGUGAUGGAGAAGAUGGUGGAACCCAAGGGCUGCUUCAACCUUGCCGCAAAGAUUCUGGAGGCUUUUGUGAAGGACGACAGUUUGUUUGUGAGGAGUUGUCGACAGCUAAUGGCUCAGAAUGAGAAGGUGGUAACCAUGCCACAGUUUGAGUUUCGAAACAUCUGCUACACCAAACUGGAGAGCAUAGAAAAACGCAUCUGCAGCUACACACAGUUUGUGGAGGAACUGCAGACGGAGGCCUGGCCCACGUUUAAGCAGGCGAGCAAUAAACCUCACGCUCUGGGCUGCAUGGACUUCGUCCCCACCAACUGUCACCUCAACCUGAUGCAGGUGUCUUGCCCCAAGAGCUCUACCUCAGCUGGCCGAGCUUUCAGCAUCCGCUUCGGACGCAAGAACUCCAUCUUUGGCCUCGAUCCUGACCAAGCUAGUUUGAAUCCCAUGUCUCACUCCAUACACUGUGUGACCAGCAUGGCGGCCCCCUCCUGGAGCUGCUUCGGUUUGGAUGAAGAGAUGGAGGAGGGAGAGGGGAGCACAGAGAAUGGAAGGAAGCAUGAAGAGGGAGGUCUUAGCUUCCUCCUCAAACAAGAAGACACAGAGAGCCAGGACAAUUACAUCUGCCUCUAUAACCGCUUGGACAUUGCAGUGCGGGAGAUGAAACAAUAUGUGGAGCAGAUAGAUGUACUCCUGUCAUCCAUAACCGGACCGACCCAGCCACAGGGCUUUGUGCCCCCCUCGUUUGAGAGAACAUCCUCAAUCUCUCCCGUACCAGAGGAAACUGAUCAAGACAAGACAGAACAUGGAGGGAUCAAGAGAGUGUGCUUCAAAGUGAAUGAAGAUGAUCAGGAGGAUUCUGGACAUGACACCAUGAGCUACAGAGACUCCUAUAGUGAAUGCAACAGUAACCGGGACUCAGUGUUGUCAUACACAAGUGUCCGGAGCAACAGUUCUUACCUGGGCAGUGAUGAGAUGGGCUCAGGAGAUGAGUUGCCAUGUGAUAUGCAGAUCCCUCUAGACAAGCAGGAUAAAAUACAUGGAUGUCUGGAACACCUUUUCAAUCAGGUUGACUCUAUCAACGGUCUCCUGAAGGGCCGUGUCAUGAGUAAAGCUUGUGAGGAAACCAAGCAUUUCCACACCGACCACAGUCAGCCAGAGUUUCGGCACACAGAUGACUGGACUGUACGCUGGCGGUGCAUCUUGCACAAGAACAUUCAGGAGGACCCAUGGAACCUGCCUAUUUCAAUUAAAUCUCUAAUUAACAGCCUUCAUCGCUUCGUAGAGGAUGGAAGGAGUCAGCUCUUAUUGGCGUUACUUAAAUGCACUGACACAGAACUCCAGUUGCGGCGGGAUGUCAUAUUUUGCCAGUCCCUUGUGGGGGCUCUGUGUGCAUUGGCGGAGCAGCUUUUGAGUGCACUGAACCUGCGCUUCAACAAUAACGGAGAAUAUGAUGAGGACAGUAAAGAGGUCAGCCGAAAAUGGCUCGAGCAGAUCGCCACUAUCGGAGUGCUUUUUAAUUUCCAAUCAACACUCUGUCCACACGUGAGAGAAGAGAGAAUCAUGUUGGAAGAUACGAAAGCAGCCCUGCAGGAUCUGGAGAAAGUCACAGUGCUGUUCCGUCCACUGGAGAACGAGUGCCUUGUCCCAAAUACAUCAGUGCAUUACCAGGUGAAAGGCAGUCGGCAGGCCAUUAGGGUGACGAUGUUCCUGGACAGCUGUCAUUUCAGUGAGCUGCCCACAAGAUUGCAGAACGGAGGCUCUCUGAAGCUUCAAUCAGUCCUCUUCACUAGAGGGCUGGAGAAACCAGAGGGUGUGUUGUCUCAGGAUUUUCUUGGCAUGGAAGAGUUUCAACAGCGAACAAAUGCUCUGUCACUGGAGAAGGUCAAAGGGUAUUAUCGCAAACUCAGGGCUUUUUAUCUGGAGAAAUCCAAUUCUGAUUCAAAUUCGACUGCCAUGAAAAUAGACCAGCUCCUCCGGCCACUUAACACCCUGGAUGACCUCUGUCGGGUCAUGCAGACGUAUAUGAACAUUAAACCCGGAUCUGCAGGUCAACCCUCUGAAGUCAGUGUUCUGCUGGUCUCCUCCGAGCUCUGUAACCGCCUUGGGGCCUGUCAUAUCACCAUGUGUGCCACUGGGAUGCAGAGGUGCACUUUGACUGUGUCAUUAGAGCAGACCAUUACUCUGGCCAGAAACCACGGCCUCAUGCCUCGCUGUCUCAUGCAGACCAUGGACAUCAUGCGCAAACAGGGCACCAGAGUGGAGAUCUCUGCCAAAAAUCUCAGAGUAAUGGACCAGAUGCCUCCUUCUGCUCCUAGGCUCUUCAGGUUGUGUUUACCACCCUCUGAUGGAGAUCUUUGAAUGAGGUGAUGACAGUCUCUCGGGCCUUCUAGAUGCUGCGAGAUACUGUACCCAGACUGGCUCAAAGAGCUCUUAAACAUUGUGAGACCAUGCCUCAGCACAUCUUAACUUCUGGCCAGUUCACUCAAAGAGGUCUAGCUCAGAUCAACACUGAGCCAGAAAUGAGAACAGUCCUUCCACCUUUAUCUCCUGCUCUGGCAGCUGAGAAAUUGCUAAUGCUAACUAUGCUAAUCUUGGCUAGCAGUGUCUGCCCACAUUAUUGAGUCUCCUUCUAAUGGAUCUGGUCUGGCAUGUCAGAGAAUGGUUUAACCAAAUCGCUAAAUCUGUCUGUGAAAGGCAAUAUUAUCUCUUUGCUUUUGACUGCUAUCUUAGUCAAAAAGUAGGUGGGUCAGGUUUGGUCUGUGUAUGGAGAGGUUAAGUUCAGAUACGUGGUGAUUAUGUGCAAUUACUGUAGCUUAGCAUGAGUUUGUCUGCACUGUCAUGGAAGGUUGUGUCCUCAAACAGAGAUCGGUUGUGUUUCUCUUACAUGUAUCAGGUAUUACAAAAGUACUGAAAUCAUUCCAGCCUAAAUGGACCAGUUUGAGGCUGUUUUAAAUAUUCAUUUUGAUCUGUCCUUGUGUUUUGAUUCUGUUAAAUAACAGUUUUAUUAUUAAGUUCUUUCAGCUUCCAUUAAAGGGUUAUAAGGAUAGAAAUGGGAGGCAGUCAGCUUCUGAAAUGACACAAGAAUGCCUGUGUACAAAAUGCAAAAUGAUUUCACUGUUAUCAAAGUGUUGAUAUUGAAGACCGAAAAGGUUUAUUGAUCAACUGGAGAAACCAUUUUAAUUGUCUUCGUUUAUCCCUGGUGUAUAGAGCACAAAAAACAAAACAAAAAAAACUGUUCAGUGCAUCGGUUUGACAAAGCACAAUAAUAAAAAAAGCUUGUGUUCUUCAUCAAUGUUUGUUAAAAGUACUGUACAUUGUAGAGAAUAGAAGUAAAGCAAAGGGAUCAUUGAAGAAUGAAUAGAUAUAGUAGCAUUUUGAAGUUGUUUUUUGUUUUUUAUCAAGGAAAUAUAUAUAUGUAUAUGUAUCAGAGGGAUAAGCAUACUGUAUUCUCUUUAACAGUAGUGCUAUAAUAUAAAGAGUAUUAAUAAUGUUAAAACAAACAAAUAUAAUAUUGUACAUCUUUCAUUUUGUAUACUUGGUGUAUAUUGGAGUAGGAAAUUUGAUUGUGCUUUUGCACAAUAUAUUUACAUUUCUAAUGUUCUAAUUCUAUGUGGUCAGUAACCGAGAAGGCCUGAAAAUGUAACCGUGUACCUAGAUUAAUUUCUGCUAGUUACGGUAGUAUGUACAAUAUAUAUGGUUAGCUUUUGUAACAAGCAAUAGUCUGCAAACGUUUCUCUUCAUUAAUGUUAACAGGCAUAAUUUAUUUACUCAGAUCUGUCACAUUAUAAAGAAUGAAACAGAUUUGAGUAAAUAUAAGGUCACAAUAUGCAUGUUGUCAUCACAAAAGCUUCAUGUAAUUAUGUAAUUCAGAUAUUUAUCUUGAUUGUAUUGUAGUUUAGCCCAUUAAAGUCACUGUCUGUUACAUAUCAGCAUGGAAGAAGUCAUUGCAACUUAAGAUCAUGUUGUAGUUUUACAUAUGAUAAUGGAAAAAUAUUUUUGAAAAAUAAUACUUGAAUUUAUGCUAAUUGUGUGUUCUUUCUCCUCAACUGUCUACCCAUCUUGAAGGCUAGUGCUGGUAAUACACAGAAUAAUAAUUAAUUGUUUUUGUUUGGUCCCCAAAUUAAAACAUGUUUAAACUGGAAACUGUUACUUGCUUCAACAGAAUCUGUGCACUGUGUAUUGUAUGUUUUGAAGGUCCUAGUUGUUGCUUGUUGCAUACAGUGCUUUAUGAUGUCCACUUGAAAGCUAUAAUUCCUGUAUGUAAAACCUAAAUGUAGUAAAACCCAAAGAGAGCAUUAGCACGUUCCUAUUACUGUAUAUUAAACUCAGGUUUCUGCAUCAUUUUGGAUUUUCCUUUUAAAAGGUGUUAUUGCAUAAUUUAACAUUACUAAUCAGUCAAUUGAAAUGUAUGCAUGCAUUAUUUUGUACCUUAUAAUGUUGACCUGUUUUUCAGUGAUGUUUUAAGUUUAUAUUUCCAAUCUUUGCAACUUUCUGUCUUUUUAGUUCAAAGAGUAGCAGAUUCAAUGGUGCUGACAAAUCAAUCCUUUCUUUUGGGAACCUUAAAGGUUUUUUUUUUUUUUUUUUUUACAGUUUCAAAAUCAUUUCUUAAUCUCACAUAUUCUUACCCAUUGUUCUCGUUAAGAGUAGUUUAAACAAUAACUCACUUUUCAAGUGAAGGGAUAGUGAACUUAAUCUAUGUUUGCUUUAAUUUAACUGUCAUAGUUUAUAAUGUUUGACUAUGAGGUCUCUCUACUGUAUGUCCUUCUAAACACCAUUGCAUAACUGCAUAAUGAAUACUUUAAAUGGCUCUUUACAUUUUCCUGCUGGUAUCGUCAGUAUAUAUCCAUGUUUUUAAUCUGUUAUUCAAUUAAAACUGAUGUAUAAUGUCCUCUCUCUGAGGUUGUUAUGUUAACCACUUGUCUUUAUAAAGAUCCUCCUAGAGUGCACCUUCAGUUACUGUAGAUCUGAUGACCUGUAGCAAGAACAGGAAAUCCAGGGGCCUGGAGCCUCAGUAAAGAUUGUAAAAUAGUCUUGUAGCCCAAAGCUCAAUGUGCUUCCCUUCUGUGUAGAUUAAGCAGUCCCACAAAAACAGUGGUCAUUUUAUAGCACUUGUCAGUUUGACUGGAGUAAACCACAGACCUCUUUAUGAAGCUCUGUUAGAUUUGUCUCUGUGCUGUAUUGAAUGCAUUGCUAAUAUCAAACAAACAAAAUAAAAGAAAAACUGUUUAUACCGUUUCUGAUCGGUCAUUGGUAGAAAUCACUGCAUGCAACAGCACAGGAAGUGUUACAGCAAAAACUGGUAUGUAUACUAUGUAU